GGUAAGCCGAUUUUGUCACGCAGUAAGCCGAUUUGCAAGCUAAACGAUCGUGAACUUUGUGAAGAGCACUACAGGUAAGCAAAGCCACUUUCUGUAAUACACAAAUAAUCGAAGAAUAUACGUUAAUCUUGAUAGUUCAAGGCUAAAUUUGUAACACUGUCGUCCUUUACAGAACUAUCUCGCGGCAAUUGGGUUUAGUCGGUUGCCAUUUAUGGUCAGUCAGGUAUCGACAGAAGCGAACCAAUUUCUUUGACAUUUCUAUUGAUCGCAAUAACUUAUCACUAAAUGCUGUGGUGUAUCGGAUGCGGUGAUUUGAAAUGAAUGAUAACAACCUUCGACGAAGAUCGCGUCGAAUCGAAAUCGUAGGUUAAGAAGACGACAUGCUUCUGUUGCUUGACACAACAAGUCACGUUAUUAUUAAACAUAAUAUCUACAUAUCGAUAUUUUUUUUCAGCUCUUUAAAGAAGGUUAUGUCCAAAGAAAAGGCAUUAAGGCAUCGUUGUGUUUGUCUCAUUCCUAAAUUGAAAAAUUUAUCACCAAAAGCAUGGAAGUUAUGAAUAUUUAACAUGCUCCCGAGUGAAUAAUAUUUAGUUUAUUUUUUCGCAUGGCUUAUGUCACGAAACCUGCUCCUUCUCAGUAGUUGCUCAAUUUUCUUGCUAAUAGGAAAGUUGUUUAAUCGCCCAGAACGAACCAGAUGAUGUGAAUAAUUUCUUCUUCAUUAUUUUGGGCACCGAUCGGUGAAAUUGAGUGAGACUGAGACCGUAAGAGGAAUAUUUAACACUUUCUUGUUUAUAGAUCUGAAUGGCCCCGUUACGAAGUAGGAUCGAAGAUCGAGUAGGCGCAAUCAUUUUACGGAUAGGGUCGAUGGUGAUCUGUUCGAUAGAGUUCGAAACAAAAUUUGAUGGAGAUGAAGUCAGCCUGAGCUUUUAUACAAUCAGCACACAAAAUAUAAUGAGCCGUACAAUAUUCGAACGAGAUUGGAAAUACUAAUAACAGUUGCGAAUUCCAAAAACUGAGAUUAAACUACAAAAAUUUACAUAUUUAAUGUUGAUCAGUUGUAACUCUAAAUGAAGUUCGCCAAAUAAUAAGGAUAACAAUUGGUUAAGUAAGAUAAAACUGAAGAGUGAUUCAAUUACUGCCGAUAUUAGUCUUAUAAAUUUUGUUACAUAAAUAAAUAGGUUUGCUUCAAACUUAGAAUAAUUAAAGAAUCUAUGAGAAAAUAGUCGGAUGGUGUCAGUUAAUAAUAUUCCUAAAUUCUUAAUCCCUAAUAGUGGAAGUCGGACGAUUAGGCGGCGCGUUCGAAUGGAAGCUUGUUUGGAGUUCGAGAAGCUUGUUGUCCAACAUUUGUCACGAGGAUUAUUAUUGAUAACUAAGCAUUUUAAGUUUGCGUCAUUUAACAUCAUGUGAUGCUAUGCUAUGACUCUCUUUUGUGUGUCGUUGACUAAUAUCGACAGUGGAAGGAAACCUCUUAUUAAUUAAAGAGUUCUAUAAAGACUAUCUGCUUAUUUCUAGCGUAGAACAAAGAAAUUAAUAUGAUGAUCGAAAGGUUCUAAAUUCGAUACCUCGUGGGUGUUCUCUCAUAUUUGUCAUUCUUCCCACGCGCGUGACAAAGAUUAAUCUCACGACCCCGCUCAAAAUUUACCAUCUUUCUUGUUUGGGUAACACAAACACCACAGUGGCAAAUUAAGACGUGCACAAAAAUGUCUGGGGUGAAGAAUAUCAACAAUGUUUCCAAAAUGAUCUUGAAAGAAUAUUUUCUAUAUGCACAAACUGUGUUCGUGUCCUUUGAAUUAAAUUAACUCGUAGAAAUGUCAAAAAGGCGCCUCUAUAGAAAUCAUAUGAUUCGUCGAUUGCAAAUUAGAGAUGGCUAGUUUAUUUUUUGGUUUUAAAAACUAUCUACAGGAGGCUUUCCUUCUCUGGCGUGACAUUUACCUAAGUUGACGUUACACAUUUCAUUCGUAGAAUAUGGCUCUCUCUGCUGACGAUGUGUUGGAGGAGGUUGGCAGUUUUGGAUGGUUCCAAAUACGACUCCUAAUUCUAUUUAAUUUGCUAUCCGCCCUUUUGUUUGGCUGGGCUGUGAUGGUGACGGGCAUCAUAACAGCAGAACCUCCUUGGAAAUGUGUCCAGAAUAGUUCUGUUUGCACCUUUGGAGGUAGCUUUUACUCUGGAGAUGAGCACUACGACCAUAGAUGUAACAUCUCACGGAGUGAAUGGGAAUUCGAGGAUGACAUGACCACUGUGGUUACCGAGGUAAAAAAAAAAUUAAUCAAUGAUAUCUUAAAUAUUAAACUUUAUUUACACAGGGUAGCCCAUUCAGCUCCAAAGCUGGUCUCCAUAGGGGCCCUGUAUCUUAACUAUUAAUUUACAUUAAGAAUUUUCAUAAACUAUCACAUUCAAAGAGCCUAAUAAAAAUACAACAAUAGAAUUCAAGAACUACAUUAAGAACCCUAAAAAAUACGAUACAAAAUCACUUUUAGAGCCUAAAAUAUAAGAAAACAUCAAAGUCAUGAUAAAAAGAAAUGUGUUGCUUGGCGGCAGAACAUCUGAAUCUUUUCACUCUUAACAAUGUUUACAAGGAGUCUGUUAAAAAAAUUUUGCGCCACUAAAAAGAAAGGUCCUUUUCCCAAAAUUCUGUGUAACGUUUGUUAGGGAUAGCCUCAUACUUUGCCAUGUGGAAUAAUUAUGAAUGUUCGAAAAUUUAGCAAAACUGUAAUGAAAAAUUAACCAGGGACUAAUGAGUGAAGACAGAGAAAAGCAAAACGAGUUUAGCCUCGUGGUAAGAGCUUCUUCUGGAAAGAGUCGGCCACUGAGAGCAACUUGUGAUGAUCCGUGCAGAUCUAAUCUGUAGAUCCACAUCACUCUGAAUUUUCCUCAAGAAAAAAUAGAUGCACACUGGUUUAGCAUUAGUCAGUGGGUAAGACAUCAUGAUAACUCUGACUAUCGGCUUCAACUUUCAGGAUACCUCAAAAAGUUCAUUCAGUAAGAUCACAAAGUACAACUGAACUAAAAUAUAGUACGUCAAAUUUGGCCUACGAGCAGGUUUUUUUUUAGUAAACUAAUAACCGAGAAAGCAUCAUUAACUUACAAUUUACCAGAAAAUAAAACAAAUGAACAACUAAUGAUAUAAGACAAGCCAAUUAUUUUCAACAAAAAAUUAUAUCGUUUACUAUAUGAGUCAAAUGAGGGAGAAUCGACGGGAAAGGUGUUUUUGGUGUAUUAGUUCAAGUUAUAAAUACCUUGAAUGAAAUAAUUUUUCGGCUGAGUCUCAUUUACAUCUUCCGCCAUGUUGCGACAAAAUCUUAAGUAUUAGAAAUUCCCGCGAUACCAAGUUUGUCUGAGUGCCUCAACUACACAAUGAGUCUCCUUCGUUUUAUCCUUCUUUAAUUCUUCCUUUAGGAAAGAAACCACUGACUAAAUAUUUCUUCUUUGUCUUCUUCGUGACUUUGUAUGAAGCAUUUUUGAUACCAAGCAAUCGUUAUGUUCAUUAAUUUGUUUGUCUUGCAGUUUGAUCUUGUGUGCGGCAAGUCGAUCUAUGGGACCCUGGCGUUAGCCGCUGUUUUCCUUGGUUUCUUUGUUGGUGCCAUAAUCAUUGGUCCUUUCACUGACAAGUUUGGACGAAAGCCAACCAUUUUCAUUUCAGGAUUCGUCAUCGCUGUCUUCAGCCUGGUGUCAGCCUUCCCCAAAAUAUUCUCGCUGUUUGUUGUCUUCAAGAUCAUUGUCGGUUUAGGAGUUGGUGAGAGUUGAAAUGUUUUGGAAAUGGGGCAUUUUUAAUUGAGUUUUAAAAUUAUCCGUCUUUACCUUGAUCUCAUUUCACUGCUUUCUUUGAUUCGCCGAGGAAAUUCGUGCAGCCCUCUCUGCCAAUCAUUUUUAAAAGUAAAGCCAGUGGCGACUUGGUCGUUCCUGUUUUGCCGCAUCUAAGGCAUUUUUCAUUCAAUUUCUUCGAGUUAUCAUUGGCUCCUUGCUUUGUUUUGUUUUGUUGCGAUUGGUAGUUGUUGCUGUUUUGGUUUGAAAUUUCGUCACUAGAUCAAGAUGUCCUCGUCACGCCUAUGAGAAAUGUCUUUGUUCCUUUUACUUUUAGACAUUUUAAAACUACUUUUGUUAUUAAGGAUUACCAACUGUGAUCUGUGUAACAAAAUUACUGGGUUAAUUAAACCAAAUUAUCUCGUUAUACCUUCCUCCCACAAAGCAUUACAGUUUCUUUAGAAACUUUCUCUCUUUGUUAACUGUAUCAGCAAAAAGACUCUGUUGUAAGGAUGGAGAAGGAAACCUUAAUUGCGUACUUAAACUUUUUAUUAUUUUUCACUCAUUACUCUUCAAAAAUCCUUUAAUUAUCUUCUAUCAUCCUUGAAAUAUGGAUAUCACUAUCUGAUUAUUCUCACUGAGAUGUUUUCCUUCCUUUUUUCCACAGGGGGAGCAAGCGUAGCAAUCUUUGUCCUUGUAACUGAAUUUGUUGGUGUACGCCACCGCAGUAUGAUGGGAAUGUCUCUAUGGUAUUGCUGGAGCAUUUCUCUCAUGUGUCUUGCUGGAAUAGCUUACCUCAUCAGAGACUGGAGGACGCUCACCAUCGUUACUGCAGUUCCUGGACUUCCUGCGCUGCUUGGUUGGUUGUAAGUGAAAUAGAAGAGGAAAAAAUUGCCUUUGCGGCGAAUUAGAUAUAUUAUUAUUAUUAUUAUGUUUUUCGCGAACAAAGUUUAGUGGUUCAAAAAGGGUGGCUGAAAUCCUCACGGGAAACCUCAUGAGUAUUAUUUUGAUUCUCCUUUCAAACUGGACAUCAUGUAUAGCCGAACGAUAAUAAGUAUUUUCAAAUUUACCAGCACGAGGAGUAUCACAGAUAUGAGGUACUCGGUAGAUGAUUCGUAGUUCAUAGAUGUCUCGUGUUGGUCCGAAUUCUAAGAAAACAAAUUCACUCUAAAUUCCCAUACGUUGAUGGUAGUAAAUUUUUGCCGUUUUUUUAAUUUUUCUAUAGAAACUUAUUUUUGCGCAAUAAAAACUAUUUGCAAAAUCAACAAAAACUAAAACCGGACCCGUUUUCAUGCUAAUCGGUGUAGUGUGACACUAGUGUUAGAACUCAUAGAGAAAUGAUUUGGAUUCGUUUUGGAAAAUAAAAUUAAACAUCAUGCAAUCUCCAUGUUCUUUCAGCCGAUGUUUCUACAGGAAAUCGAUAGUACAUAUGAAAGAUCAUUGAAUAUUUUAUCGGUCAUACUUCACAAAUUUUGGUUGUCGAGCUUCAGAAGUUGCGAUUCCACCAUUUAAUUAGUCCCCUUCGAAUGCGUUGUUUGGUCUCGUCACGCAGAGCGCUCCCUCCCCUAAAAGGCAAGCUGUGAUUGUUGCAACACUAAGGUUUUGAAUGCGUGGCGGUCCCAAGCAUUCAAAGCAAAGGAAAAGAAAUGAAGCAGUGAUUGAAGCAGCCGUUGGGGGAGGGAGAGGGCGCGAUGCGUGACGAGACCAAAUAACGGCUAAGAAGGAACCUGCCAUUUAGGCUUAUGAUGAUUAAAGGGAUAACAACCGAAACGUCGCGGUCGAUAAGGGACGGCGACUUUAUAUCUUUAGAAAAAAGUGAUUGAACGAGCACUGAGCUGAACAUUUCUUUUUGUUUGUUAAGUCUGACACCCGAGUCAGUACGAUGGUUGAUGGUGAAGGGAAGAACAGAAGAUGCAAAGGCUAUUUUCCGAAGAAUGGCCAGGGUCAAUAAAACGUCCAUGCCUGUUGGAGAGCUACAAGCACCGGACGAUGAUGACAGAUUAGGUGAUGUGUGUGACCUGUUUUCGUCGCGCCAAAUGGUGAAGAAAACUUUAUUGUCGUGGUAUUGCUGGUAAAGGUGUAAUUUUGAUUCAUAAAAUUAAAAUAUUAGAGAAAAUGAAGUGAAUUCAUAAUUACAUUCACUCAUAUCAAGCUGCUCGGUAUAAAAUCAUCGAUGUACUACCUCUUAUGAACAUCCCCUCACAAUAAAUGAAGUAAGUCAUAAUUUGCAUCGAGUCCUGCUAGGGGGCUCGGUGACUCAGUUGGUAGUGGCGCUCAACAACCACUUUACAAAGUAAUUAAGUAUUAUCAAGUGAGUUGAUAACGUAAAGUGGCCACCGUUACGAGUUUAAAAGCUGACCUUUUGAGCAUUAGCCCUUCGUCAAAGGGCUAACGGUCGAAAAGUCAGCUUUUAAAAUCGUAACGGUGAACAAGUUAAGUUAUCAACUCACUUGAUAAUACUAAAUUACCCUGUUCUACUCUCCCACCGACGCAGAACCACAGUCUCUAUAGAAACUUACCCCCUUUAUUCAUUCACCUUAUGAGGUAUCAGGGAGGCACGGAGUAUUAUGACAAAUCCGCGAAAAAUGAAUGAGUCGCCAGUAAUAGGAUCCUGAGGUUUAGCAAAGAUUUUACCCAAAUUCGUUUUUGAUAAAACAGCGGCGAAAAAUCGUUGAUCUCUCUCUAAAAUCGUUUACUGAACUUCGACACAACCUUUCGCCAUAAAUUUUCUGCUAGCAACUUGCAAUGUUCGCCCUGUGGCGAUCCCAGAAAUCUUUGCAAACGCAAGGAUCUAAUACACAGGCAACUCCUUCAUUCUGUUUGGAUAACUUCCAUAAGAAUAAUUUUCUCGGAGAAAUUUUUUUUCUUUUUUUUUUUUUCAGGUUUGUUAAUGCCUUAGUGUAUUAUGGAGUUUUUCUCAGCGCACCCAAUAUUGGAGGAAAUUUCUACUUAAACUUUUUCCUGACAAGCCUUAUUGAACUUCCAGCUAUCCCAGCAGGCGUAUGGGCCUUUAACAGGUUUGUGGAACAUAGAGUUCACAUGAAGUGGACAUGCUUUAUCAAACUUUUGCCUAUUUUGACUUUGUCAUUGGUUGCAAUAGGACAGGAGAAAUGUGAAAAGAUCACUGAAGACCUUGUUCACCUUUUUUCGGAAGAAAAUAACCAUGUAAAUGAAGGCUUUGGCCACUGCAACUAUAUUUAACUAAAAGAGUCUUGGUAUACGCUCUACUACGCUUUGGAAUUUUUAUAUAACUUUCUCACCCCCAUCUCAAUGUUGCCUGGUGCUUGAAAUGAUCACUCAUUUAUUGCAACAUUGUUUGGGGUGAAAAGGGGGACUUUCAGGUAACUUAUGGGUGGCUGAAUUACAAUUUUUGUUUUUUUCAUGGUGAAUGGAAAGUUAUUGACCACUACUCAGGGGAACUAUGCCAACUACUUUUGACACCCAUUGUAAUACUCUUGAUAUCGAGUAAUCAGGUUCGGUUAACAGUUUCGGUUAUCCUGUGUAUUGUUGUUGCCAGCAACUUAAAUUUUUUUUGUAGAUUUGGUCGAAAGAAAAGUAUCAUUGCAAGUCUGAUCUUGGCCGCAAUUGGAGCAUUUGCGUCCGUACUUAUUGAAAGUGAAGGCGGUGGUAGCAAAGGUGAGAAUAAUCAGUAUCCCAAUACGGUUUGUUAUUUCCCGGCUGGGAGGUCCGCAUGGUGAAAAACUGUUACCGAGGUUUUUCAUGAGUUCCACGGAAUAGAGAAUGACUCCAUGAAUUGCGAACAAACGGUCAGAACAGACUGAAGACAAUAUCACUCUGAGUUUUUUUUCAUGAAUUUUGUCAUUGUUUAUCUCAUUCUUUCUUUUAAUUAUGUUUUGUCGCAGGCGCGCUGGCUGGUAAGAUCAUCAUGUCCAUGAUGGUAGCAAAAUUCUUCAUCACUAUAUCUUUUGACGGAGUAUAUCUUUAUACAGCAGAGCUAUUCCCGACUGCCAUUAGGUAAUCCAUCUUGCUGUUAAUAGGCUACCCUCUUACGUUUUACAAUAAGCCGUAAAAUGCUCCUCUAUUUUUUAUCUGUUUGUUUCAAAUCGAUCCAAGUAUCGACGUGUAUGCUUUGGAUAAAGUUCCCUCUCCAUUUCCGAGGGAAAAACAAUGUACGUGAAAUAUAUGAGAGUAAAAUUGCCGUCUAGUAUCUUAUUCGCUUUUCGUCUUUGAUCUUCGUUUGUUUUCGGUAAGAAAGAGGAUGUAUUAUGAUGAUGAUGAUGAUGAUGAUGAUAGUGAUGAUGAUGACGACGACGACGAUGACGAUGACGAUGACGAUGACGAUGACGAUGACGAUAAUGACGAUGUUAGUGGUAUUGAUGACGUUGAUGAUGACGAUGAGAAUGAUGAGAAUGAUGAUGAUGGUGAUUUUUAUUUACAGAAACAUCGGUGUAGGAACAUCGACCGCUUCCGCCCGUAUUGGCUCGAUGUGUUCUCCGUUUAUAGUGUAUACCGUAAGUAACAAAAAGAAUGCGAUUCUGUAUAUAUUUAGUAGGUUCAUCCACGCACUCUACUACUCUUUUCGGGAAAAAAACAGAUGAGGGCAGAAUAACUUCGUCAAACAUUUUUCCUGCGGUUGCAAUAUCUGUCAUGCUUCUAGCAUUUGCAUGAAUGUGUUGGGUGGCAAUGAAAGGGAAACUAGCUGCAGACCGCAACACGCUUUUAAGAAAAGCACCAAGUUCUCUCGACCUGUCUUUUUCAGUCUUAAUUAAUCUCUUGAUUUUCUAAAAUACAAUUAUACUUACAAGAAAUUCGCGUCUCUCCUCCAUUCAACUACUCUGACUGACUGAUCAUUACCAUAUCUCAGACUCUCACUCUGUCUUUCUAAUUGAUUCUUCAUUCUGCUAAGUAAACUGUAAAGUACAUACUUAUAUAUUCACUACCAAAGGGGAAUGAGCGAAUAUGCUGGCCGACUGACCUUGGAAGAUUAAACAUCUCCUCUUAGAACAGUGACCUAGGCACUUUUACAAGAAUCACACAAAUGAACAACAAUGUACUUGAUGCUUCCGAUCGACUGAAUCUAUCUUUGAUUGAGUGAGCCAAAACAUGAACUCUGUGUAGAUUCAAGGUCAGUAGACAAACUAAGCACGUCCACUUAUGAAAGUUAGACAAAACAGUCGUUGUUUGGAAACUCAUCGCAAACCUAAACUUCGGACUUCGAACUCAAAUAGCAACUAAAUGCUGUUUAUCAUAUCCUUCAAGUUUGUUUUCGUGUUAAGGGCAUUAUAAUUCUUUUCUUGACAUUUCUAUUUUUCGGUAGCGUUUGCCUUUCUCUGAAAUUCACUUUUGUUCUCUCCUUCUAUAGAAUCGUGUUCAUAGCUUGCUUCCGUUUGCUAUUAUGGGUGCAAAUGCUUUGCUUGCUGGGGUACUGUGUUUAACGCUACCAGAAACCAAAAAUGAACCGACGCUGGAGACAGUGAAGAGAGAGGAAGAAGAAAUGGCUCGAAUACCUCCUGCAUAUGUUUAGUUUACGCAAGCUCCCCCAAAACUUGUUUAAUGUAUUGUAUUCUUACGGCCCAAUCUAAGGCAACCACGUCGCAGAAAGCCAUAGUGGAAAAUUGAGCUUAUGAUUUUAAUUUUUUUUCAAGAUUUUGUUCGCCAUUCUCUCCCCUUAUGAAAUUGUUGUGUAUUUGCCUGCUGUUGCCAAAGAUUACUUGGGGAAAUUGUUAUUUGGCUUGAUGAUGGCUUCAAGAUCAACUUUAAACGCUGAGGCUUAAACCUAUACGUGUGUGAAUUGUGUAUUUAAGAUUCCGUGGGAACCCUAAAUUUUCCAGAUGUUUUUUUUUUCUUUCUGGUGUGUAAAAAUUUGCGACUCUUUGUCAUCCUUUAUUUAUCCUUUGUUAGUCUCAAUACAUAUGAUACCCACGUUGAAGUUGGGCUUUGAAAUUUAUUCGCGCAAAUUGUCUUUAAGCUCUAGUAAUCAUAUGUACCCCGUUUCCCGUUCACCGUUCCCCGUUCCCCGUUCACCGUUCCCCGUUCACCGUUCCCCGUUCCCCGUUCACCGUUCACCGUUCACCGUUCCCCGUUCCCCGUUCCUCGUUCUCCGUUCCUCGUUCUUCGUUUCUCGUUCCCAAGUUGCUUCGUUUUCCCGUUCGCCAGUAUUCCCGUUCGCCCCUGUCCCCUCCUUUCUUCUAUACCCCAUUCUACUGUUCCUCUCUUCCUUUAAUCCUCUGUUCUCCCGUUUUUCUGUCCUUUCCUUCUACUCCUCUCCCGCUCCCCCGUUCCCCUGAUUUCCCAUUCUCCCUUUCUCUCGUUUCCCUAAAUUCCCCCUCUCCCGUUCCCCUGAUUUCCCGUUCUCCCGUUCUCCUGUUCCCCUGAUUUCCCAUUCUCCCGUUCUCCCUCUCUCCCGUUCCCCUGAUUUCCCGUUCUCCCGUUCUCUCGUUCUCCCUUCCACGAUUUUGGUAACAUUCUGAAGUGGUUUGUUCAUUCCAGAACAAAGAACAAAGAUAGCUACAGAAUCAUUAGUUCCUGACAGCCUUUCAAUUUUUUUGAGCGAUAACCUGGAUCGGGUGAGCAGGGACGAUAUAACUUUCAAUAUUUCUUUCUUAGCGUCGAUCUCAGAGAUUCGAAUCAGUUCGAUAUUUAUUAAAUGAAUUAGACAACCUGAAUAUCAGUAAUCACCCAUAGGUACUAGAGUGGCACUCUAUGAAUACAAUCUGGCGUCUUUGAGAGCUAAGACAAUGACACCGAUGGGCCAAAAUGGCCGUUAUCAGCUGUAAUGAUCAGCUUUUAAAAAAAAUCUGUGAAACAUUUUGAUAGAAGCGAAAACUCCGUAGAAAGAUUAUACGUUUUAAGCAGAUUGUGGUUGAGUUCAAGAAAGAAAUAUUUCCCUAAAUCUUAGAAACUUAAGGCUUCGUAAUCCAUUAUGUACGAACAGACACGCGGUUCGUAGCACCAUUGGAAUCAAUCAGUUCUUAGAACACAAGAGAACUAGUUCUUGCCGAAAAUGUACGUUCGGAGUCGAGGGUCGCUCAUAUAGCUUUCAUUAUUCCACAAGCCUGUGCAAAGUAAUCUUAGAACAUGAAUGAGGCUUUUAGAACCCAAUGCUGGCGUAAGAUGAUUUUAAAUCUAUCAGAAAUAGAUGCGAGAAAGUACAAGUGACACGUCUGAACUCGCAAAGAAUAUGAAUUAACAUCAAGCGGGAUCGAAUUAUUCAGUUUCUUUUGGAGUGAUAAAUGUAAGUGGCUCUCAGAAAUGUUUGACACUGUCACCUGAUGGUUUGUUUUGAAUUCCUUUGGGCAUGAAAGAUCAAAACAAAGCCGAUAUAUUUUUGUAAGCAUCAGCUUUGCUUUCUUUUACCGCUAAGCAUUUCUACAUAUUGAAGUUUUGUCAUAUCCUGAGUCAAAGUUCAGGCAAGUCAAUACGCAAUUGCGUAAAAACAAUAUUUUCAAACCAUGUGAAGUACAUGGGACUUCUAUUCUCAGUUUUCACGUUAAUUCAGGCACAUUAUUUACUAAAACAUUUAGUUUCUGUUUUGAAAAUUUUAAUUUAUUGUCUAUCUUACGUUUUCAUAUAGGCGCUUCUAGGAUAUGUGAUUCAAAGUACUAUAUCUCAAAUUCUGUAGGGACGACAUUCCAGAGUCGGGUAAGCACCUUUCUUUUGCCAUUCAAUAUGUCAAAUUCUAAGGUAUCUGCCUCAACGCACUUAAAUCACUCUCUUGAACAGUCAUGCAUAAAAAAUUACGCAAGGGUGCUGGUCGUUUCAAUUUAUUCACAGGAGGGAAACUAACUCAACCGCAAGGCCUUCGCAAGUUUGUUGAGGGUUCGAAGUUAAGGUCGAAUUUGCGGCAUUCUUCAUCGUCGAAGGUACUUCAGUUUUUGUCUUUCUAACUGUACUUCACAUUUUAAUUAGCAAGGAGUAUCUAGCUGCUGAAUUAUGUACAAAUUCGCAUAUCGUGACUCGAUCCGCACGACAUCAUUGUUAGCUACUAUCAGCCGAUUAUAAUUCGCGUCAAUCCAUCAAAGAUUUCACGAGGCUUUCUUUAGGUUGUGUUGACUAUUUAUCCGCACGACUUACAUCAGUGUAAAAUUGAACAAGUCAGAACUAUACCAAAGUGAUUACGGAAAGUUUGAUUGUGUUCAAGUUGUUGCCUAGCCUGUUUUGGCUUGCACUGAAAUCAUGAAAGAACUAUGAACAGUUUACCAAGAUUUUGCAGACAAUUUUAAGCUUGUCUUUGUCAGAAUGUGCUAGAGGAACUGAGUUUUUUUUAUUUUUGUUUAAUUUUUCUUAUAUACGAGAAUUUAAUGAGAUCAUGUUCUUGAGAUUAUCGCUCGAGUUGGAGAACUCGGUGUACAAUGUUCGAGAGUGCAUUGCAUUCGCUUUUAAAGAUGCCAAGAGCAAUAGUUCUUCGGUAUUCAUCGUUACUGGGUAACUUAUAAAUCCAUUUAGAUUUUAUUAUUGGUUUGUUUUGUCGAUUGAGUUUCCUAAAGCCAAGUCCAUUUUCCUCCGCCCACAAUUGGUAUUACCGUUGCAAUUAAAUAACUUGAGUCCCACAAUUCUCAGGAAAAGCGAUCUGGAAAUGAAAAGAUUAAACCUAAUAAUUUUAUCACUCUUAACACCGCGUCAAUGAGAGUUCGGCUCAAAAAGAAUACUUCUUGAUCUACGACCUCAGACUUCUUUAUUUAUAUUAGAAUACAAGAACUGCAGAAGGAAAACAAACAAUCAAACAACCACACGCACACAAAACUCACAGUUCCUCCAUUUGGCUCCGAUGAAGAAAAAGAUAACGAAAUACAGCUAUUGAAAAAAAACAUGAGCAAAAACUCAGUUUUUUUUUUAAAUUUGCUGUGGCGAUUUAUCUAUCUUUAUCAAUAUCGAGUGGUUGAUAGGUUUCAUACACCCCGUGGAGCAGCAUAACAGUUUUUUUCUUUCCAAACCAACAUGUGUGCUAAAAUAAGAAGUAACUUUACACGGAUGACUGAGUUCUUAGCAUUUAUUAUUAAAUCCUGUUGAAAAAUGACAAUGCCUCCGACUAAAGAGUCGCUUCAUACAUCCCUGGGUGGCAAAAUGCAAAAUAUUGUUAAUCGCAUCGAAAUCUUCCAUCCGUUUGUCUCUAUUCAACUUUAAUUUUAUUAAAGCAGCGCUGUUUAUGACUCGCCAGUUACUUCAUGGGCUACCGCCCCCUUUGAAAUAUUUGACAAAGUAUCAAUGGUAAAUUAUUCAAGAUCUUUCCACUUAUCAGAUCUUGAAAACAAAGCGAUACAAAAAAUAGACUAAAUUAUCAUCUUCUUGCAAUACCUCGUGAAGUUUAAUGUCAUUUCAAUGUCGAAUUGAAUAAUCUUAUUUAAUAAAUAUCACUGCACGUGACUUAUGAAUAUUAAUUAAUUAUCAACACAGAAACUGACACAACAAAUGGUGGGAACAUAUUCAACACUGCACGUGUUGACUUUGGGAUAGCAUUCUCGAUUAAAUUCCUCUCUUCCUCGGCAUUUUUAGGCUUCCGAAAAGCUCUGGAACAGGACGCCAUUUCCUCUUCGGUUAGUAGAAGAAAAGUACAAAAUACGUGUGAGAUUUGAUUUUCUUGCAUACUAAUUUAAUCCCUAAUGUUUUUCUCGUAUGCUAAUUUCUAACGUUCACAAAAGCAUAAUUGUUAUGAACUCUCUUGACACACGCUUUUCCAAGAAUGUUUUUGAAGCCGUUCAAAAAACUCUCAGCACGUGUUUUAUCGGGUCAAAAACCACUCGGCUACGCCUCGUGGUUUUAAACCCGAUAAAACACUCCUGCUCGUUUUUUAAACAUUACAUAAACAGCCACAAAAACGACAAAGUCACCUUAAUUUAUAAGCGUAAACCUAUAUUGAUAAAUAUCAAAAUAGAAUGGUAAAUUAAAAGGAUACCCGUACUUGAAUAAGUUUUGUGGUCCAAAAGUCUCCAGUAAUCAGUCCUUUUCCCUGCUUCUGUGUCCUCUUAUAGAUUUCUUCUAAACUUUCAAAUUUCUUACGCUUAUUUGGGAGACCGCUAUGUUGAUAUAACAACGACAAAAACAAUAUUUAUUUUUCAAGUUUUCAAAUUAAAGCUACAGCAAGUCUUACCAUCAGGUAGCUUAAGCUAAGCUAGGCGAGCAAGUCUUAAAAUCUAAGGUCUUAUAAGAAAAUUCCAACUAACAAUGCUUUCAUAAUUACAUAUUUAUACAAAAACAUUUUCAUUAUUAAAUGAUAAAAUUAGAAUGAGGCAGAACGACUCGGUGGAAAUCUUAAAUAUAGAAAAGGCCUUUAAAGGUGUUAUUAACUACUUAAUAAAACUUUACUUUUGGAGUGAUCUCGUUUAUGUCAAGGACCGAAUUUUCUCUCACGAAAAUUCUUAGCCAACUGAUUUUUCAUUUUAGAUUUAAAUAAUUGUUUUUCUGGUAUUUCCCCAGGAGAGCAUGGUGUCUCACUUCAUAUUCUAGAACCGAUUCUUGGGAAGGUUUAAAGGUUUUAUGUAGAAAUUUAUUAGAGUUAAAAAGCGAGUGUGGUGAGAAGAAACAUAAGACGUUUUGUAACGCAAAUAAACUACCCUUGUUCAUUGGUGCGGAAGCAGUGUCAACAUCACGCGUAAAAAAAGUAAUUUUUUUUUUAUUAUACAAAAAGUGUAGGGGCAGAAGUUUAGUUUUGUUGAACAGAAGAAUGCUUUGUUUAUUUAUCUUAGAAAAAAAUACACGAGAUGUGGUGCAUGAUUCUGUAGCAGUAAUACUUUGUUUAGGAGAGAAUCAUUAGCCUGAGCGCAAACAGACUGUCCUUAGCAAAUGUAGAGAGAAAUGAAUAAAUACGUGGAGGGACAAAGUUGCCUAGGUUUGCAAUAGUACCAACAGAUUUGCGAAAAUUCAAAGCAAUGUAGUCGAUGUUGUUCUUCCAGGAAAUAUUGUAAUCAGGUGAUACUCCCAAGUACAUAAUAUUACAUUAUUACAUAAUAUUUGCGGUCAAGGAAGACAUUCGCAUCCUUCUCUUUGUCAAGUAUACUUAUUUAAGGUUGAAAGAGAAAUAAACCCACAAAAUGGUUGUUUAAAAGCUGUCAUGAGACUCUCGAGACAAUUUUGUCUUAUUUCCACCUGACAUUCACUUAUUCAAUCAUGCAACUCUUCAUUGAUUUAUUCAUCCAUCAGUUCAUUUACUAUUGUUAUAUAUCAAUGAAUUCAAGAACACGAAGAUUUAUUUUAUUUUCUUUGUUCAGUAGUUUACUUACUUAUUUACCUAUUUAUUUAUUUAUUUAUUUGUCUAGUAGAAAUGGCUCUCACUGUAGAUCAAGUGUUUGAGAAAAUUGGCAGCUUUGGUCGAUACCAGAAGCUUUUGCUUCUCGGCUGCAAUGGGCUGAUUUUCUUUUGGAUGGGUUUCGCUGUGCUUAUCAUGACGUUCAUAGCAGCUGAUCCCGGAUGGAAAUGCGUAGCAAAUAGUACCCAAUGCCGCUUUAAUGGCUCCAUGGCGGCAUCCGACAAGAGAAGGUGUGACAUGAAUCGAAGCGAAUGGGUGUUCAAUGAUGACCUGACAUCUGUAGCGACAGAGGUAAGUGGCAUUUGAACCACAAUUUGACAUUGACAUUAUUCCACAAAGAGAUGCUUGUAUAACGCCUGAAAUGCAAAUUUCCGAACAGGAAAACUUCUUUUUACUGCCUUACACACGUGUGACGCAUCACAUCACAUGAACUGGAUCGGAACGUUUUCCAAUGGCAUUCAAUUGAGCAUCAGGAAAAAAAAAACAGAAAAUUUGGUUUUGCACAAUAUAUCAUUUUUUAAAUCAUUUAGGAUUCUUUAGCCUAAGAGGAAUGCAUUGGGACAACAAAAAAGGGGAAACUUUGCCAUCAGUUACCCUUCAAAAUAAAAUUUGGCAAUGAUGAAAUUUGCUAUUGUAGACGAUUAAUAGCUAAAAAUGUGUACGAGAGAAAGGGGGAUUUAUUAGAGUUUUUAUAUAGAGAGCUGAUUCUGAUAUACUAUGACAUUAUCGGUGGCAUAAAUGUAUUGUGAGGAAGAUACUCCUGUUCACCCUACAUAGGGUGUAAGGGAAUAAAUAAAAAAAAUAGGAUUUCUCAAAUUUUUGAACAAAUAAAUGUAUCAUAUUUAGGUUGUUAUAAUGCAACUUGAUAGUUAAGUUAGUGAACUUUAAAUUGGUCAUUUUUAUUUAUUAUUUCCAGUUUGAUCUUGUCUGCGACAAAGCAAUAUACGUUUCCAUAGCGACGUCGAUGAUAUUCUUGGGUUUCCUCCUGGGUGGAGUAACAGUUGGUCCUUUCGCUGACAAGCUGGGCAGACGAAUCACUAUUUAUUCGUAUGGUUGCAUCAUCGCUUUGUUCAGUCUUCUGAGUGCUUUUCCACAUGCCUACUGGCUGUUUGUUGUCUUCCGUUUCCUCGUUGGAUUUGGAGUUGGUAAAUGACGAAUUAAUGAUAAGAACCUUCUGUUCCUGUUUUAUGCUCCUGUAAAAAUUCCAAAUUUCCUUUAUUGUAUUUUGUAUUUGCCGUUACAGUAUUUUCUUCACUUCAUGCCAUUUCACCUCGUCUCAGGAUCCCCUUUUCUAUUUUCCUAACCUGCCCCCUCUGCUAUUUCUCUUGUUCGAUCCCACCCUCCCCACCCUGCUCCUACUACUCAUCCCCACCUAUACUCUCUUUGUUUCUCUUAGCCUUUCCAUACUUCCAUCCUCUCUUCUGUUUCUCCUUCUAAUGGGCAUAAUGGAAAUAAGAAUUUAACAGUGGCCAUUCUACGAGGUGGCUCCUCUUGUUCUCUGACCUCGUCCACUUCUCUAACUCGUUCUUUUCCAUCAAAACUUAUCCAUAAUAGUUUUAACUGAGAAACAUGUGUGGUUGCAGGUGGUUCCAGUAUCGGCAUUUACGUGUUAGUGACAGAGAUGGUCGGUGUUCGUCACCGAAGUCUAAUCGGUGUUUCAUUGUGGUACUGCUGGACAUUUUCUCUUCUCUUUUUGGAUCUUCUUGCAUAUUUCAUCCGUGAUUGGAGAACACUGGCACUCGCCUGUGGUGUUCCAGCUAUUCCAGUUGUUCUCGGAUGGUUGUAAGUUUUACAGAUUUUCUCUUCAAUACAUUGAGCAUACAUGAGCACGCAAAAGCUCCCUGCAAAAAAAUUUGUUGCGAUUGAGCAAUGCAGCUUUUUCAAGUUAUUCUUUACAAAUUCUUUCUGUCGUAUCAUUACUCUGAAGAAAAUAAGUGAUCGUGCGAUGCAAACAUUUCGAUAUUGCUAAAAACUGCAUAAUUAAUUCAGGAACCACUGCAGGUUAUCUUUUUUGUUCGUGAUGGGGUGUGCACCUAUUGAGGACUAAAGUACAAUGUUGAAUCCAACACAUUUAGCAUCACCAGGGAGUCUCCGCGCUGGUUGUUAUUGAAGGGAAAAGUAAAGCGAGCCGAGGUUAUUCUCAAACGCGUUUCUGAUGUUAACGGCAAGGAAAUGCCUAAAGAGGACCUGAUGGAACCUGAGGACCAGACACGAAUAGGGGAUGUGCGCGACUUGUUCUCAUCCAAACUGAUGGCACGGAAGACGUUGUUGUCCUGGUACAUUUGGUAAGUAUAUUAUGCAGAAAAGAUUGAUUUGGAUAAUUUCAGUUGCUGUGGCUGCCGCGUUAUUGUUUAUUGUUAUUUUGGUGCUAUCGCUGAUGAUGUCUCCACAACUUAUAUGUUGGUGUCUCAGUUUCUUUGUAGACGAAUAGUUAAAGAUGAUUUUUUUUGUCUUUGUUGGGUUUUUGUUUUGAUGUUGUUGUUUUUUCAGUUCUGUUUUGUUGUGAUCUGCUUUGCAGUCUGCUCUGUUUUGUUUUACUUUUGUUUGUUUUCGCCUUGUUUGGUAUAGUUUUAUAUUCUUUUUUUUGUGUUUUACUUUUAUUCUUUAAUUUACCUGUUUAAUUACUUUGCCUACAAGAAACUUUGUUUAAAAAUCUAAUGCUUCGCAAGGAAACUUUGCACUCUAAUUUCUUUAUUGCAUAGAGCAAUGGCAUAUUUAAGGGUCCAGACCCCUCCCCGUCAGACAUGUGGGGUUUAUUAUACCUGUCUAAACACCAAGAUCGCAAUUCAAUUCAACUUUGAGUAUUUACAGUCUACCUACCUUAAAUAUUUAUUGGCAUGUUUAUGGUUUUAGAUAGCAAAACACAUCUCAGAAAGUCAAGAUAGGAAUGAGUCAUUCUUAAACUGAGGUUGUUUUUCUUUUCCUGUCAAAAUUUUAGGUUCGUAUGUGGCAUGGUGUACUAUGGAGUGUACCUUAGCACUCCAAAUGUGGGUGGAAACUUAUACAUGAACUUCUUUCUUACAAGUUUUAUUGAAGUAUUCUGCCUUCCAAUCAUUGUGUGGUCAUCAGAUAGGUGAGUUCAACCGAUACCAAAAUAUUAGCAGGGUAAUUUAGAAUCAUCAACUGAGUUGAUAGCGUAAAUUGGCCACCGUAUGACUUAGUUGUAGUCAAAGCGUAAAUAAGUUUCAAAGCUGACGUUUCGAGCUUUGGCCCUUCGUCAGAGCGAAUAGAGGAAAUGUGGGUUGUGUGUGUGUGUGUGUGUUUAUAUGGAGAAAUCGAGCUACGCUAUUGGUGGGAAUAUGGUGACGAGAAAACAAGAAUAAAUUAGUUGAAUGAAAAGCGCUUCUUGGUACCUCGGGGAAUUAAGAGUGGAGAUCGGUCGCUAGACACUUUAAUCUCCCUAAUCAUUCGAAGCAGCAUAUGGCAUUUUGCGGCCUUUCCCCAAAUCUAGGCAGUUCGGGAAGCCGCAAAAACAAACAUUUACCUUUCACAUCGCCACUAAUAGCGUAGCUCCAUUUUCCGCAUGUAAACACACACACAGCUCGCAAUUCCUCCAUCCGCUCUGACGAAGGGCUAACGCUCGAAACGUCAGCUUUGAAGCUCUUUACGGCCAAUUUACGUAAUGAACUCUGUUGAUAACACAUAAUUACCCUGCUAAACUCCCCCAGCAGCACAACAGUUUCUUCAGAAACAUAACCCCUAAAUAGAAGCAGUUUCUUCCUCAUUACUUUCCAUUUAGAAAACAUUUCCCCUUGCCCUCGGUGGAGUGUCAAGGGUGUGUGAGCUGAGCAUUUUAUGUAAAAGCUUUAUAUCUCAGACAAAUUGUCAUGAAAAGAAAAAAAUACUUCCAUGAAAAGUUAUCACUUUUCAUUGGCACCAAAUGAUUUCUUUUGCGCUAACUUUCGUGAAACAUGGAACUGGGAAAUUAUAAUAACUUAAAGCCCUUUGUUAAGAUACAUUUUAAAAGACAUGAAUGAACUAAUUGAUAAAUGAAUAAAAAAUGAAUGAACGAGAGGAUUAAAAUGAACGAUUAAAUGCAUCAGCAAAUGAAUUGAUGAAAGAAUGAAUAAAUGAAUACUGUGGUGAAACAACAUCCACUGAGACCCGAAGCAAAGGAAACAAAAGCUUGUAAAUCAUACUGGUUUACGAUAAUCGAGAAACUUCAAGCCAUAAAAUGUUUUAUGAUAGCCUCUGUAUUUCACUUGUGCUUCAGGUUUGGAAGAAAAAAGAUUAUCAUAGGUAGUUUGAUUCUUGCUGCUGUCUCUUCCAUUGGGGCUGUACUUUUAACCACUGAAGACGAUUCCAACAAAGGUAAAUGCUUCAUUGAAAGGGAUUCGAAUUUUGUCUCUAAAAUAGGUUUUUCUGCCCGAUUGGAGCGUUUAUGGGGCUUUCCAAAGGCAACAGAAAUGGAUCUCCAAAUCUUGCUCCCUGGUUUUCCGUGCAUUGGUUGGUAAGGAGUAUAUUGGGCAUGAGGCUUUAUAAAGUGACAAAGACAGCAGCAGCGAAAGGGGCUUCAGCAAAUGCGCUCGAACUGUUCUCGUUCUGCUACAGAAACAUUCGUUGCUGAGAUCUGUGCGAAAGACAUCGGUAUCAAAGGCGUUUGGUUUUUAUUUUCAGCACCACAAUUUCCUCUCGGCUUACAUUGUGAAUGUGAUGGCCUGCAUGAUAAGAAUUUUUAAAUCAAUUCUAUAUGGUUACGAUGACUUUCUCACUCUAAAAACAAGUGCAAAAUCUUUAACAUGAAAUCGCAGAGCAUGUAAUAUUUAUACAUUUCUAGGUGGUAGAUAUUUUCCUUUUUUUUCUUUCUUGUGAUUUCUCUCGGUUAAAAUUUGUUUCCCUUCUUCUUCUAAGGGAUGUUGGCUGGAAGGAUAAUCUUUUCAAUGGUCUUUGCUAAGGUUUUUAUCACCAUAACGUUUGAUUUGGCCUACGUCUACUCUGCAGAGCUCUUUCCUACCGUUAUCAGGUAAAUCUUAGCUAUAACUUCUUUAUGCUUCAGCAAGCGCGGUGAUUCAAGGGGGUGGGGGAGGGGGGGGUUCACGUACAGUGUUCUUUAUAAAGAGAUCUGUCAUUAUUUCAUGUUCCUAGGCAACACACCUUCAUACUAGAGAGCAUAAACAGUUACUGGUAUUGUCUUGAAAUAUUUUUUCUUUAAAAGGAAAAAUAGAUGUGUUUACCGAAUCAAAGAAGUUGGCUUUCCCCCCCUUCCCCCUUCCUUACUUAUUAUUCCCCAUAUCAAAAGCAUCAAAAGCUCCCUAGAUCUGCCCCUGUGGAAUUCAAACAAAUUAUAACAGGUCGCUGAGCCGAGACACUUAUGCUGCCAGCGCUUAGUUUGCAGGUUUUUACCUUAUAUUUUUAUUUAUCCUGAAUUUUUCUCAACUCAUUUGUAAAUUAUUUGCUUGAUCUCAAAUGACAUUUUAUUCGAAAGGGAGAUUCAAGCAUUUUAAGCAUUGCCUAGCAAUCAUUUCCAAACGAGGUAAUCCUUUAUUUUAAUUAAUGUUCGUCCUAUUAAACUCUCAAUAGAAACAUCGGUAUGGGAACCUCUACUGCUUCCGCAAGGAUUGGAGCAUUUUGUUCACCGUACAUUGUUUACUUGGUAAGUAAACCCGGUUUCACUUUUCGCUCUAUUAAACAAUUUUGUACUCUCAAGGCUCUUCCCACUUUCCUUAUCUUCGGUUGAGAGCGGGACGCUUAAUCGCCAAGGGGAGAGGGUAAGGAAUUCGAGGGUAUCACAUAGUUUUUCGGGGGCAACCACGGGGGGAUUAGUAGCUACCAACAGAGAAGGCCUGCAAAAAAUUGACUGCUAAUUAACUGCCAACGAGGAGGGGAUCACGUAAAUUUUAUCAUGACACAACCAAUUCCGUUCCCACCCCCCCCCCUUUCAGGGUGAAGCAAUGACCAGUCCCUAACAUCUUUUAAUUUCUUGUCAUGUCGAUGUAGAGUAAUGUUCACAUCAUGUUGCCUUACGCUGUCAUGGGAGGCAACGCCCUGCUUUGUGGUUUGUUGUGUUUGACUCUGCCUGAAACCGCAAACCAACCAACUCUUGAGAUUAUUGACGGUAAGAAAUACAGCACUACAUCUGGAGAGGACGAGGACGAGGACGAACAUGAGGACAACAACGAUAACAACAAAAAUGUCACCGAGGAGGAAAAAGAAGCCUUAGUUAACGGAGAAGUUGCUAAUGAUGACAAUGCAUAA